AUGUCUAGUAGUGGCGAAAGAACAGGCGCCGUUGGAAGGUCUUCUGAUGCGGUGGAGCAAGCAAGCAACGCAGAACAAGAUGUGGCGCAGACACCCGUGAGCAGAGCAGAGAGUUUCAAGAAAGGUCUGUUUAGCCGGCUAAACUUUGUGGGGAGCAAAUUUAACAUCUUGGACAGGCUGUUUAACAAGCGCAAUGGAACCAUGGGACUGCAAUAUGGUGCCAACGCCGACGGCGUUUUCAGUAAUUUGACGGCGAAACCCGACCAGAACAAUGAAGCGGAAGUGCACGAACAAGACAAACCGCCAAAUUAUGAAGACGCUGCGUUAGAUAUGGCACCAUCCUAUUGCGGCAUGGAUGAAGAUAAUGCUGGUAUGUACUACAACGAAAUUUGUUUUGAAGGGCUACCUGUGGGAAACAUUGUAAAUCUGUUGUGGAACAUAAUAGUUAGUGUCAGUUUUCAAUUUGUUGGAUUUCUCCUGACCUAUAUCCUCCAUACCUCUCAUGCAGCUAAGCAAGGCUCGCGUUUUGGUUUGGGCCUCACAUUUCUGGGCUAUGGUUAUUCAAUGAUCCCAAACGAUGUAACUUCAAAAGUUGGAAAAUCAAAAACUCUUCAUAGACUAAAGCCUCUCAAUCCAAAUGAAUAUGACGACAUACAGUACUCCAACAACGGCGAAAAGGACAGCUAUGAGUCUAAUUUAAGUCAUGGGAUUAACGAAGAAUGGACCGGUAUACCAUUUUUGACAUUUUUAAUGUUCGCGAGUGGAGCGUUUAUUAUGGCGAAAAGCAUUUAUGAUUAUGUGAAAGUCAAGAGAAAAGAGAAGCGCUAUUUGACACAAGAACAAGUGUAA